AUGUGGAACGUGAAGAAGGAGGAGGGAGGUGCACGGCGCACGAAUCAAGUGGAGAACUGGUUAGGCAAGGUGCAAGAAUUUGAAGGUAGAGUGGAUCAAGUUCUUCAAGAAGUCAGGGAACGUGACCGAAUCAAAUGUCUAAGUCGCUGUCUUCCACGAAACUGCUGGUCGAGCUAUAAAUUGGGGAAAAGAGUUGAUCAAUUGCUCAAUGAAGUGAGAGAGCUCCAACAUAAGAAAGGAGAAAUCAAUGAUUUCACGUCAUUGCUGCCUCCUCCUCGUCAAGUGCUCAAUACGCCCCUAGACAAGACUGUGGGGCUUGAUAGUUCCCUUAAUACAGUGUGGAAAUGGCUUGUGGACAAAAAAGAAGCACGAGUGAUUGGGUUAUAUGGAGUAGGUGGUGUGGGAAAGACCACCCUCAUGAGAAGGAUCAACGAGAAGCUUUCGCAUGCAAAUCAUGAAUUCGAGGUUGUUAUUUGGGUGGUGGUGUCCAAGCACGUGAAUGAAGAUAGCAUUCGAGACACCAUAAGGAAAAAGCUAAACAUUAAAGACGAGAGCUGGGAAGGACAAUCUCGAAAUGAGAGGGUCCACCUUCUGGGAGAAGUUUUGAGCAAGAAGAAGUUUGUGUUGUUGAUGGAUGAUGUAUGGGCAGGCCUCGAACUUUCUCAAAUCGGAGUUCUUCAUUCUAGUCCCGAGAACGAAUCCAAAAUAGUAUUCACAACUCGGUUGAAGCAAGUAUGCCAUCAUAUGGGAGCCGAUGAAACCUUCGAAGUACAAUGCUUGACGCCCGAAGAAGCCUUGGCAUUGUUCGAGAACAACAUCGGCAAAUCAUCUAUACAUUCUCAUCCAGAAAUUCAAGAGCUUGCCAACAACAUUGUCAAAGAGUGCAAAGGGUUGCCAUUGGCCCUUAUUACCGUCGGGCGAGCCAUGGCUGGUAGAGAGAAUCUCGAUGAGUGGAAGCAUGCACUAACAACUCUAAGGAACAAACCAUACAAGCUGUCAAGUAUGGUGGAGGAAGUAAAGUUGCCGUUGGAGUCGAACAGCGCGAGGGGAAGCUUCUCGAUCAAAGCGAGCAGAGACUGGUGGGCUAAGUUCGAGUGGGACCCAGCUGCCCGGGUCACUUUCGAGGGGCCUAGCCAGGGUGACAAAGAGGAAAUGACAUAUGGAGAGGCAGCACGUAAAAUCAAAGAUGAUGAGAACUUUCUCAUCACCCGGAUCAGAUUCCCACCCUCGGGAGCCGAGUGA